AUGAUGACUGCAUACUGUAUGAGCACGUGGAGCCAUACGACAUCGUUGUCCGUCAAGAUGGUCUCAGCGCCUUCAGAUGCCCCUUUGGAUGCAUCUCAUCCCACCAAUACUACGGCCCAGGAGCCACCAGCACCUAAGAGCUUCUCGUGUGUACUAUGUGCUCAACGAAAAGUCAAGUGCGAUAAGCGGCCGGAUGGUUGUGCGAACUGCACCAAGAUCCGGGUUCGAUGUGUUUACAAGGCCCCACCUCCAGCCCGACGAAGAAAGAAGGGCGUGCGCGAAAUCGACGUAGCUACCAGGUUACGCGUGUACGAAGACGCGCUCCGCCAACUCGGAGUGGAGCCAGAAGAUUUGGUCAAGCAACAUUAUGCGAAGGCUACACGUGGUGAAGAGCUGGUGACUGGGUUCAAUGGUUUCCUGGAACCACAUGGGCCUAGUCGAGCGCGAAAAGCACACGUAGCAUCCGAAGUUGGUGUCCUUGUGUUGGAAGAGGGUAAAUCGCGAUACUUGGAGAACGGAUUGUGGACAAGCUUGCACGCUGAGUUUCGUGAACCCAAGGACAUCCUCGAUGAGUCUUCAGAUGAAGAGGUGUCCAGAGGCAGCUACGAUGUCCCACUAUCUCCGUCAGCCACGGAUGGCGCCGCACUGGUCAUGGGCGUGCACUCAACGUCGAGCAAUCUUCUGUCUCUACACCCGAACCCGGUCCAGAUCUUCAAAUUAUGGCAAAGCUAUCUCAGAAACAUUCACCCGCUGGUCAAGAUUUGCCAUGCUCCAACGACUCAGCAGCUCAUUUUAGAUGCAAGUGAUAAUCUUCAUGCUCUUCCCCGAGAUGCCGAAGCCCUUCUAUUUGCUAUCUACUGUAUAACUGUAGAGUCGUUAGAAGAUGUUGAGUGCCUGCUGAUACUGGGAGAGCCGAAAGGCAUAGCGACUCAACGAUUCCGGCAAGGUGCUCAGCAUGCAUUGGCCAAUGCAAAUUUCUUAAGAAGUUCCAGUGUCAUGCUGUUACAAUCGUUCACCCUGUUCGUUCUGUCUCUACAGGACUUCGACGCCAGAGUGAUCUGGAUCUUUUCCGGUAUCGCACAAAGGAUUGGCCAACGCAUCGGUCUUCAUCGUGAUGGCGACACUCUGAAACUACCGCCAUUCGAAGCAGAGAUUCGUAGGCGCCUCUGGUGGCAGAUCAUGGUGCUCGAAGGCUCUUCCCAGAAGCUCGCUGGAACUGGCACAUCUGGUAUGAUCCUUCGAGGCGAUGUGGGAAUGCCAUCCAACAUCAAUGACAGCGACUUAUUCCCAGGAAUGAGAGAGAUGCCAAAGGAACACGACGGCGCCACCGAGAUGAUGUUUUUCCUCAUUCGAUGCCACGUUGGAGAUUUUCUCAAGCGAUCAGCGGAAGACCAUACUACUUUUGAUGGCCUUUGGCACCGACUCAGUACAAGCGCGGUACAAGUGGCUACCAAAGACAAAGCCAUCAAUGAACUUGAAAAUCUUUUCCAGCGGAAAUUCCUAUGUUAUUGCGACCUAUCUAUACCUUGGCACCUACUAUGUAUGCAUCUCGCCAAGUCUGUCCUCUUCAUGAUGAGGUUCAUGGCUCACAGCACCGACUCUUACAACGUUGAUAUCUCUCCCAAGGAAAAAGACAUGUUGUUUGAUCUGGCUCUCCAGGUCGCAACUUCGCAGAACCUGGCAUACACUACGAAGGAGCUGCGUGGCUUUAGGUGGCAUGUCAACCUAAAUUUCCAGUGGAAGGCUUUCAUAUACCUUAUCUCUGAGCUCUGUCAUCGGACUGGAGGAGAGAAGGUAGAUAAUGCUUGGGCAGAAAUUGAAAAGAGCUACACUUUCCACCCUAGUUUCGAUAGGGAUCUCUCGAAGCGAGCGCUUCCUAUAGCCGUUGACAACCUCACGAUUAAAGCCUGGGGCGCCUACAAAGCAGCGCAGGGCGCGCCAUGUACUUCUGAGCCUCAUUUUAUUGAGCUUAUACGUCAGCGUCACCGACAACGCCGUCGUCCAAAUCUGACCAACUCUACUAUCACCAACGCAGCCCUGCCGGCAAUGAGUUGGAGCAACGAGGAAAGCACUAUCGAGGAUCACAUUCAAGAGAUGUCUAACGCAGAUGAUGCGAACUCUUUCGACUGGGCCGAGUUCAAUGCUAGUCUAGGUCCACCCGAUGAUGUAACGGACCUGGCGUCUUUCGAGUUUCCAGAGCCGAUGAACUGGUCAACUCUGGAUGAUUUUUUGGUUGACUUGCGCAAUAAUGGUGACGUAGAUGCUAGUUUUGUGACUUCCGGAAACAGCAAGAUGUGA